AAUGUAUUAUCCUUAGCACUUCUAUCCCCAAGCAUAUCCAUAAUACAGAUACCCUCCCUAUGGUGUACUUCCAUAAGUACCAUAGCAAUGGAGACCACCUGUGUAUAAUGCUCCACAAUACGGUUAUCCUGGUCUUAGAUUUGCUCAGCCUUAUCCUUAUAAUCCAUAUACUUAGCCUAUCAUACCUCAAGCACAUCAACCUUAACCAAUGUUGAGUCAAAUUAUGGCUUCACCCCAAAGAACAUUCCAAUCUCCAGAUAGAUUGAAAGCAGCAUAAUCGCCAUCAAGAAAUGGACUCAUGCAAUCUCAAUAGGUACCAAGAUCCCCAGCUCCUUAAUAUUAAUCACCUUAGAGAUAAUAUCUUACUCUAGAAUAAGUUUAAGAGAGAAUAAGGAAUGCUUAGCAACCUUAAGUUUAAAAACCAUAACAGCCAAAUAAGAGUAUGUUUAAUAUUUCAUUGUUGUAGCUGUCAAUCAUCCAUAGCCUAACUAACAAAAGCAAUAGCCACCUCCUCCAUAGAAAAAGCAACCAAUCCCAUAAUCUCAACCAGAUGAGGAUUUGGACAAGAGAUAUUAGAAUGCUCUUAAAAGUACAGAAGAAAUCAUCAAAAAAUAUCAAAUGGAGGAUUCUGGAAAUAAAGGUCACUAAUCCAAUAAAUCUAAUGAACCUUAAGAUGAAGCAGAAGAUGAAAAUAUUCAAGGUAUUUAAAUUCAAAUUAUUUUAGAAUUGGCAUUACAAUAUGAAGAUGGAUAUAUUUAUAGAGGAUAAGGAUAUCCCCCUUAAACCAGAAAUGGAUUUGGUAUUUUAACAGAUGCUGAUGGAUAAUAAGUCUAUGCUGGCUAUUGGAAAGAUAACCUUUAUGAGGGACAAGGAAGAUUGACAAAUCUUCAAACUGAAGAAUUGAAUGAGCCACUUGAUUGGAAUAAUAUGACAUCUAUUGGCAAUGGAUGGGCUUCAUAUGAAGGUAGAUUAAUAUUAUUAACUUAUUCUAGGUAACUUUUUAUAAGGAAAAAUGCAUGGACAAGGAACACUUAUUCUUACAAAUCAAGAACAAUAUUUUGGAGAGUUUGAAGAUGGAAUAGUGCAUGGAGAAGGUGAAUUUACAACUGUUGAUGGAUAAGUUAUUAAGGGUAAAUGGGAUCAAGGAUACUUAACAUAAUUAUAAGAAUAAGAUUGA